AAAAUUCAAGAGCAACUCAGCCAAGCCAAGCCGAAGCCGCAAAGCAACCUGAACCUUGUUGAUUUGUGCUUACAGAAAGUUCUCGUGUUCAAAAGUAGGCGUUCUCGAUUCUUAGCUCAAGCUGAACUCAUCAGUUACAAAAUGGCAAGUGAUUUGUUCAACGGUCUGUUUUGGCUUCUCGUCCUCAUCUUCCUCUCUUUCUGGGUAGCAAGUAUCUGUUUCCCAUUCUACGUCAUCGUCAGUGUCCUCGUCCCAUGUAUUCCUGGGCUCAAGAGUGUCUCCGACCUCCUAUUGGCUGGCGUCAUGUUUCCGUUCAAGUGCUCAGACAACAUGGUCAACCGGCGAUCCUACGACUCCAUCUAAUCGGUUCAUAUUCAGAGCAAAUGGUGAAGAUUACAAUGAGCAAUGAACAGGAUCUUGGGCCUUUAUCUUGACAGGUUUUAUACUCAUAUACUAAGUCCUUGUUGAAUUUAAUUCCUUAGUAUUAUUUUAUCAGUAGAAUAUUCAUUUAGUUUGAGAUUUAAUAGAAGAUGCAAAAAAUUAACCUCUAAGAUUUUUAUUGAUUCGUAAGAAUAAGUCUGAUAAUGUGAUACCUACGGUGUCUAGAAUUUAUUUUCAAAGCAUUUAUUUUAGUCAAGUUCUAUUCUGUUUAGUGUUUCUAUUCAGGGCAUUUUAUAUGCUCGAUAUAUUUUUUUGUUAUAAUGGUUCAGUUUUAUUGUUAUUUUUUAUUCUUAGUUUUAUUCUAAAAAGUUAUAGAUUUAACUAUCUAAAUAUAAUUUUUUUCACUCAAAAUGCAUAAUUAUCAUGAAGUCAAUUCACAAUGUAUUUACAUUUAUUUCAUCAUGUUAAGAUCAAAUCAGAAAGUAUUUUUGUAGUAUUUAUUAAGUAGUUUAAACACUGUUUUGUAUAGAUCGCUUUUUUAGAAAUGUACCGUUUGAUAUUAUUAAGUAAUUUAUAUGGUACAGAUCGUCUUGUUGAAAACAACUAUUCCACACUUUAGGGGAGGAGAAACCUAGGUCAUCUUGGUAGAAAGAAAAUUUAGUACAGUAGACUCCCGAUUCCAUGAUUAUGAGUAGCUGAGGGAUCAUGGAUAACCAAAAUCGUAGAUGAUGCAAACCUAACCAGAAAUGUCCGGGAAAUAACUCAACUUUGAAUGCAUCGUCUAUCUUUAAUACAGGGUUUAAUUGUAAUACUAACAAGUUUUAAAUCCAGUUUAGAUGCCUUUUAAAUUUGUUUUAUUAACCUAUCUUUACAAAAGAGAUUUAAAUAUUUAAAAAAACACUUAUCCUCAUUGGUUAUGUAAUUAGUGACUCGUGGUUGUAAUCGGUAAAAUCACUCUAUAGUCUACCUGCGAGAUGAUGGACCUCCUCAAGCUAAGCGUCUUGGUCGUCGCUGUAUUUAGUACAUUUAACUUGUUUAUAUUUUUUAUUUAAUUUUUUUGUGAUCACGGAUAAUCCGCAGCGUGGUUAUCCAUUCGUAGAUGAUCAGGAAUCUACUGUAGUGGUUUUGCUAUUAAUCAGUGUGAAAAACUUAAAAACUACUCCAUUAAAAUUUAAAUUACACUGUUUGGGUUUCAUUUGUUAUGAUGGGUGCAAGCUAAACAGAAUGGUAAGCAAGACUAAUGUUUCAGGAAAGCGGUUAUAGUUCGUAUGCUACCGAGAAUUGCCGAGUCAAGUAGUUGGAAUGUGGUUUGUUUGUACGAUUCUUACAAACAUGCAUAUUUUACAAGGUGAUCUGUACUCUUUUCUACAAUAUUUUUUAAAUGUUUUCUCUGUGUUCAUUAAUUGAUAACUCAAUUGUAUGUUAAGUUUAACAAAUAUAUAUCACAUAGUAUUUAAGCAUCCUAAAUGGUUUAAAGUCAAUACAAAAUCUAAAUAGUUUGUAGAAAUUGAGUAAAAGCAAAAAAAGAUCUUGCUCUUAGAACUGAUUUAUAAAAAUGUUAUCAUUGGUGAAGUUCAUUGUAAAAUGUAAGUAUUUUUUUGUAAUGUAGAUUUUCCAGAAACAUUGGUGCUCUGUCAAGACGAUAGAUGUUAACACUAAGUUUGUAGUGCCUUAUGAAGCUUUACUUAUGUUAGUUUUAAGAUUUAGUACAAAUACAUGUAUUCUUGUAUAAUCCAGUUUAUACUCACAUUUUGUACUUAGCUAUAUUUUACUAAUGUUUUGAAUAUUUUUGUAUCUAUGAAUAAAUAUUUUGCUACUA